UAUGAUCAUAUUUCAGAAACUUUAUAUGUUAAUUUUUUGCGCUUUCACCGCCCAACCAGGAAUAAAAUGUAGGCUGAAUACCAGAAUACAUUUUGGAGAGCCUUUACCUAUAAUAAUCAGAAAUGGAAGACUUCUGGAACCAGAUGACAGUUUCGGAAAUGUUGAAUUAACGUUUGGCGAAGAACUCGUUUUAAGCUGCGAAGGUUCAGGGUCACUAAUACAUCCUAAUACCAUAAACAACGCUGCUACAUAUACGCUCAGAUGCGAGGGAGGGGAUAAUUUUAGAAACGACGAACAUCUGAAUGCUCCGUCCUCGUUCAACUUAUUCAGAUGUCCUUAUUCUCCAAACCAUAUUAGCAGAAAAACUGAAAGAAAAUGCUAUGAAGGCAACACUUUCAUAGAAAUCGGCUACAGAGUCGACAACUCAUUCUAUCCUGUUUACGAAACUUGUUUUAAUGAAGAUGCAUUCCACCCUGUCUACUCGAAAUAUACUCAAAGACCCUACAACGCUCAUUAUCAAACGAGAGUGGAUAGACCAUUCUUUAUAUCUGAUGGUCUUUUCGGCUUGAUACCAGUUGAAACUUUAUUUUCUCCUAGAGGACAAACAGCAGCUGUAGCUGAGUUAGUUGGUCCGAUGAUAGAUAGGUAUAUUUCUAAGACAGAAUUUUUGUCAAGGGGUCAUUUGGCAGCUAAGACUGACUUCGUAUACGCAUUUGGAGAGCGCGCGACAUUUCAUUAUGUAAAUUGUGCUCCUCAAUGGGUAGGGUUUAAUGGAGGUAAUUGGAAUACUCUUGAAGUGGACUUGAGGAACCAUAUUCAUCUUUUUGGUCUCCAUACGACCGUUUACACUGGGGUUUAUGGAGUAACACAGCUAUCUAAUCAGCUGGGACGCAAAGUGGACGUUUAUCUUUACAGUGAUGAAAAUAACAACCCUGUUAUACCCGUCCCAUUGUAUUUUUAUAAAAUCGUAUACGAUCCUGAAUCUAAGAGAGGAACCGCUUUUAUCGGUAUCAAUAAUCCGUAUUAUGAACCUGAUGAAGCCCGUCAGUUGUUUUUCUGUGAAGACCUUUGCCGUGGCGAUGAACGAUUCUCUUGGCUAAGUUGGCAUCCGGACAAUCCUCACGAAGGAUAUACAUUUUGCUGUACCAUACCCAGCUUCAGGGAAACUAUUAGACACUUACCGUAUUUUGAGAUCAAAGGUUUACUUACUUAGAAAAUUGAAUUCGAAAUAAUUGUUGCUGAAUUUAUUGGUGUUUGUACUGUCGUCAAUUAAUUGUACCGGGUGCAUGUUUUGCAAAAUAAACCAUCUGUAUUACGUACUUUAUUAGAGACUUUCACAUUUUUGGUCUACAAUAUGUCGUAAUGUACCUACUGUUUUAGGUAAACUACUUCGGUAAAUGAAUUUUUGCUAACAAAUCUAAAACUCUGACGGUGUAUUUUUAAAUGGGU